AUGUCAUGUGAGUUGCCUUUCGAAAUUCCUGUCUAGUACUCAGUCUAGUAACUUUCCUCUUCCUUUUUCUCUCCUUCAUGUUCUUCAAAGUGUUCUCCAUCUGAAUACAUCUGACACAUAGCUUCUCCAUUUUCGAAUUCAUCUACCCAUCCUUCUCCGAUCUGUUAUAAUUGUCGUUGGCGUAAAGAUCACCGAGCCAAUUACUCGGCCACCGAUACAGUCAACAUUUAGGGGAUUUGAAGGGGAAAACAGGGCAAAAUUAUUAAUUCUGUCGUUGAUCAGAAUGUAACACACACACACACGUCCGUCGGGUCGGACUGAUUGGGAAUUCAAAUUUAAAUUCAAGUCUCUCCCAAAUUUAAAUCUUACGUCGCGAUUCGAUUUUCUGCAAACACUUUUUGUCCCUAGCUUCAAGGACGUUUGUGUUUAUGUAAGGGCAACUUCAUUUUAAGGUGCCGAAGGACAACUUGAAGGGCUACACUUUUGCAGAUAAUAUGCGAUGUACGCAUUGCGAACUCAUUUUCAACGACUCAAACUGUGGUGCUUUUCAAUCUGCGCUCAAACUUUUUGUCGCCGCUGUAAUGUUGUUGGUGGCCUAUUCGAUGCGCUUCGCGACCCUCUCAAAUGCAAUCACAGCUACACUUUUCGAACUUUAUAUGUGUCUUUCAGACUCCCCAACGCUUGUCCAAACGAAAAAUCUAUAGGGGCUCAGUAGCGUAUUGUUCGUUGACAGAUGGUUGUUGGCAACAGGUGUCCGGAACUCUUUGGCACAUGUUUACGUUUUAUUCUUCACGCCCCACACUUUUUGACACUAUUUUAGCCCAUUCAUUCCUCAGCAUUCAGCACAACUCGAGAAAGAGCGCGACCCCCAUUGUUAGCCGUUUCAGACUUGAUUAAAAGUGUACUCCCUGCUUAGUGGAACAAUAUUCUGCACCCUCAUUUUUUGUGUCGCGCGCCUGAAGUGAGCCAAAUUAGAAAGAUCCGACGGAGCACUCUCUCCCACUUUCUCUUGCUCUCUGCCAUUCUUCAUCGUUCAGUCGUUCCAUAAAAACAGCAGCGUCUUUUGGCCUUUUGGCGGGUUCGCUGAUUCAUCUCUCGCCCAUUCAUUUCUUUAUCUCUCACAUUCUCUUCAAUUCCAGACGCCGGCAUGAUGCCAAGCUCGAAAAACACUGUACAGCAGGCGGAGGACGAGGAAAAGCAGAUCGGGGUGAGUAAGCGCGCUGAGCAUCGAGCACAUUGCUCAUAUCACGAGUGUGCGCCGGUACAAUCAUUCUUUUCCAUACAUGAGUUUGGUUGUUGGGUGACUGGGUGACUAAAUCGUGACUCAUUGUAGUUUGAACUCUUGAAUUCAAGUUUUCAAAGAGGAUCACCCAGUAGACGACCCAAGAGUUAAAAAAGGUCGAAAUGAAUAAUUCAAGUCUAUUUCAUGUCCGUCUUCAACUCAAAUGACAAUGUUUCAGAAGAGUAAUAUCAUUCGGGAGGACGAGAACGGCGUGUCAACUACCACACCACCUCUGAAAACGCCGUUUAGGAUGACGCCGAUGGUAGCAGCUCUGAUUGCCUCGAAAUGCGAAGCAGAGGCCAGAAAAGAAGUUAGUUUGCAUGUCGGAAUAACUGUUGCAUCAGGUACAUGUUCGGGGGACUUCUAAGAUUAAACUAUUGCAUGCUCAGGAUGAGAUAUAACACUUGAAGUAGCUGAGCUGGCUCAACUUUCACUGUAUUUGUUUCGUUUGAUGUACUAUCAGAAGGUCCAUGAGUCACUGGCUACAUCCUAAAUUUCUCUAAUUAACAGAGGCGAGUGCAGCAAAACAAAUGCUACUCCACGAGAUCUAGGUGCGAUUGAAAACCAACUCCGAGAGAUAUCACCCUUUGGGAUUUUACUAAUGAGGAGAAGUAACCCGAUUUCUCACGUGAGCAGCUCCCGAUAUUAGUUGGAGUGUAGACGUAGCAUCAAAGGGCUACCAAAGAAGAAGAAGAAGAAGAAUGUAGCGAUGCACUGACUAACACGAAACAGUUUUAGAGCUGA